AUGGUUUCAAGUGCAGUGGGCGGUGCAGUAGCGGUGGGCCAUCAGGCGGGGAACCCGUUCUUUGCCGAGUCGCGCGAGGGAGCGCCAAGACGGAGGAGGAACAGUGCAGGGUCCUCGAUCCCGAGUCUCAACAGGGCCGUGUCCCUCGGUGGUGCGGGCGCCGGGGGCGUCGGGGGGUCCAGGGGAUCCGGUGAGCCCCGGAAGAAGCGGUCGCGGUCGACGCUGCCGGCGUCUGUGGGUCUUGGCGGUGGUAUCGCGGCGGUUGCACCGGCGCAGAGGAAGGAUUCGCGACCACUGAGGGACAAGAACUUCCAGUUGGCCAUUGAGGAGGAGAUCCUCCAGUACCUGCAGGCUCAUGGGUUUGACAGGGAUACGCAGUUUGCGCAGGGCGCGCUGACGCUCAAGAUCCUGCAGACGCCGACGCAGAAGACUUACAUGCUCAUCUUCCGAUGGCUGUACGCUCGUGUCGACCCGAAUUACACUUUCAAACGGUCCGUCGAGGCCGAGUUUUACGACUGUCUCAAGAGACUCGGUUGCCCCUUCCUCGCAGAUAUCAACAAGUCGCAGAUCAGUGCCGUCGGCGGGUCCCAGUGGCAUAAGUUCCUAGGGUUGCUCCACUGGUUCGUCAAGUUCAACAGCAGAAUGGACAGUAUCCGCGAGCAAGUUGACAAUGUCGCAAUUAACGAGCCCGCACAGAACAUCUUACAGACCACGAGGGCCGCGGCUACCGUGGAGGAGCAGGACCAGAUCAAGCAGAACUACGAACGGCUGCUCGAGAGCCUCGUCAACGAGUACACAAUGGAUACGUACAAACUGUUCCUGCUCAGGAACGAGAACUACGGCGCAAUGAAAGCUAAGUUUGAAACGAACGUCGAGAAGUUUGUCCAAGUGAUACACCUCGACAUCAACAACUUGCAAAACGAAAAUGAAAAGCUGCUCGCACACUACGACACGGUCCUGGGAAAGACACAGGAGUUGCGGAUCGCCAAGGAGAAACUCAAUAACUUGCAGAAUGACGUGGCGAAAUACCAAAUGUACAUCGAUGAUUUCACGGCAAAACAGGCAGAGAGGCCCGCAAAAUUGCACAACAUGCAAAGGAGGGCAGAGGAGCACCAAAAACAGAUAGACGAGCUGAAGGAACAGAUCCAGCGACUCCUCGAGGAAAUGAAAUUGCGCGGGUUGUCCCUCGAGCGUGUCGAGGACUUGAACAAACAGAAGGAGAUCUUGUUGCAGACACUCGACAACCUCGCGGACCAGUCGGACAAACUGAUCGCGUCAAUGCAGAACAAAAAAUUGGAAAACAAAACGCUCAAGACAAGGAUCUCUGCGCUGCUCAACGAAUACAACGCGUCCAUCGAACUGCUGUUCGAGAGAAGAUUCCAAAAGACUGGUAGGUCCGUGGAAAACAUCCAAGAGUACACACUGGACUUGGAGAAACAACUUGCCGCAGUGGACGAAAAUUCAAAGUUGGUGUACAACUCCUUGUUCAAUAAGGGACCCGAGUACUCCAUGGAGGACGCUCUAACAAACAGGUUUGUCAGACUCAUGGAGGACAUCGAAGUGAGUAUGGAAUCUCUGAUGAACGACAUUACAGAACUGGAGCAAAGACAACGAUUUCUGGAGGAGAAUAUCGAGUCCAAGGAAUGGGAUAACAUGCAACUCGCACAGAAACUGAGGGCCAUGCAAGAACAGAACAGUGCCAGGAGAAGAGAAUUGGAGCGCGAGCUUGAGUCUCAGAAAAAAAUAGCAUUCCAGUUGCAAAAUAGAAAUGAGGAGACUCUGCGACAGAUUGAACUGAGGAUUGGGGACGCAAAGGCACUCGUCCAGGACAAGAAGGCAGAACUCGAACAACUGAAGGUGUCUCUCCAGCAGGAGAAAAAGCAAACGGAGCAGCAAAUGCUGGAGAGGGUCCAGUACAUCGAGAACUUCAGAGUGACAAUCCAAGAAUCUCUCAAUCAAACGAGCGACAUCGUUGUAGAAGAGUUGCAAAAAUUGAAGCUGGAUCAAUAA